UGCGGGCAAAACACGGAGCGGAGUGACAGGCGGCGAGGCCGAGCGAUGGAGGCGCUGGACAGCGAGAACAUGGACCCCCUUCAGUGGGACACCAAGCUCAGCGAGCUCAAUCUCUCAGCGGGCAGUUGCGAGGCUUUCUACGCCACGCACUUCACAGAGAUGUUGGAUGAGUUUUCCAAGGAUAUGCUGGGCCAUCUCUUCAACGAUCCUUUCCUUUCUGAUAAAAGUGAGCUGAUGGAUGCAGAGCUCUCACCCGCUCCACAUAUUCAGGCUGAACACAGCUACUCCCUAGCAGGUGACUCCCGACCGCAGUCUCCACUCACACAGCUCUCGACUGAAGAUGACUUUAGUGAAGAUAUGGAGUGUGAAUCCUGGUCAGUGAGCUCUGAUCUAAAGCCAAUCACACUGAAGCACGAAGCUCUCCUCUGUGAUAAUAACUGUCUUGCUCCUUCUGUCACCUUAACAACUGCGACAACAUCCACAGUGCUGGAUAUUACUCUCAACACGUACAAGGUGGACAUGUCCUCCGUGAAUGAAUCUGCCCUUGAUGCAGUUUCCAAUGCUCAGACUAACAGCGGCACACAGAAGGUUCUUCCAAAGAUUAAGUUGGAACCACAUGAGGUGGAUCAGUUCCUCAACCUGUCGCCAAAGGAAGGAGCAAAUAUUGUGCAACUACCACCAACCCCACCAAGUAGUCAUGGCAGCGAUUGUGAGGGUGGACAAAGCCCAACACGUUCUGUUCAGUCACCAGACCCUGUCGAGCCACAGUCCACUGGAAAGGUCAUAAUGCGUGCACCAUCUGCUUUGUCCAGCUCCCCUCUUCUCACUGCACCACAUAAACUGCAAGGAUCAUCAGGACCUUUGAUCCUGACAGAGGAGGAGAAACGCACACUGAUUGCUGAAGGAUACCCAGUUCCUGUAAAACUACCACUCACGAAAGCAGAAGAAAAAGCACUCAAGAAAAUACGAAGAAAAAUUAAGAACAAAAUCUCCGCUCAAGAGAGCAGAAGGAAGAAGAAAGAAUACAUGGAUACACUGGAGAAAAAGGUAGAAUCCUGUUCAAAUGAAAACAGUGAACUCCGUAAAAAGGUGGAAAAUCUGGAAAAAGCAAACAGGUCCUUGCUCCAGCAGCUACAGGGGCUCCAGGUUCUGGUGGCUGGGAAGGUGCCCAGAUCCUGCAAGAUGGCCAGUACACAAACCAGCACUUGUCUGAUGAUUGUGGUGCUGUGUUUUGCCAUUGCAUUGGGAGGUAUAAGUAACAAAUUCGACCCAUUCUCAUCUUCUGUGACAAAAACAGUUGUACCCGUUCAAGAUUCCACACAAGAAUCCUAUGCAGCCACUGUUCGCUCAAGACAUUUAUUAUUUUAUGAGGAGCGCCCUGGCUUUGAAGACGAGUUCAGUUCGGUGAUGUCGACAGAUGCCUGGGAGAAAUUAGCUGAAUCUGUCAGAGAAAGAGCACGACUGGCACAGUUCCUCACAGUCAGGGGCUCAACGCAGAAGCAGCAGGCACAGGAAGCAGUUGCACAUAUGCAACAGCCAGCAGAAGAAUAUAUAAUAGCUAAUGAAACGGGAACAGAAAAUUCAGUCCUUAUAGCGCUCCAGUCACAACGGGGCCUUCCCAGUGUAGGGAUUAAUGGAACUGCUGUGGAAAUUGACAGAAGAGUCAACACAACAUCAUAAAAACUAUAAGGUGGUUUUAAUCCUGAUGUACAAUGAAAGCAGUCCCUUUUUAUAAUACCCAACUCAGACUGCCCAUCAACCUUCCAGGAGAAGAUCAGAUACUUAGUGCAUUAUUUCCUGUUCUACUUCAACGCAAGCUUGUUUUUUAAUUUAUGUAAAUUAAUAUCUAUAUGUAUUGGAAAUUUGAGUCACAAAAUAUAUCUUUUCUGCAUAGAUAGUUCUUUAUAUCACACAGGCUGAGUCCAACAAGCCAUUUAUUUCAGGAUACUUAAGAUUUCAACAUUCAGCACCAGUCAAAGAGAUUAGUUUGAAUUCCAUUGAACUGAUAGAAAUGCACUGUCCAUUUGUCCUCCUUUGCUCUCCCUGAGGAGAGGGAGAGUUAACUUUUCAGUGACCACUCAUAAGGACUGAAAAAUGCAAUAAACAAGUUUUUUCUAGUUCUUAUGUAUGAUCAUUGACCUAAAACAUUAACUUUUUUCCCCUCUCUAUGGGUGUUGGCUGACCUGCUGUCUCCUUUUUUUUUCAGAUUUCAGCAACCACAAUAUUUUGAUUUUUCUCUCAUUUGUUCUAUUUAUUCUUUUGUACAAAUGAAAAUUCUUGCAUUACCAAAAAGUAGAAUCAUUUGGGACAUUAGCCCUUCAAUAGGCUCCAAUUGAAUUCUCCUGCCAUUCCUCACAGCUGAAGACUUGUAAGGCACCACCGCCUUCCCAGGCUUGCUGUGCCACUUCACAAGGAGGUCAACAACCUUAUCAUCAAAUUACCGAAUUUAUUAUUUGUAUCCUGCCUCUCGCAUAAAUUUGACAGCCUCAUUGAAGAACUGUGAGACAGCAAUGUCCCUACAAAUUUCAUCUCUGACCAGAACUAUCGACAUUAUCUUAUGAAUUAUUUCCCUCAUCAGGAGAAACACUAUUAAUCUCACUAGCCACUAUAUUCUCCAUAUAUGGAGAAGGGCUAAUGAGCCCUUUGGAGAUUGGUCAUCUUCACCACCUUCCAGUCAUUUCAUAGCUUUGGUUCCACAUUGCCUUCCUCCACUGCCAGGCAGCAGGUGUAACCCAUUGUCUUCUACAGCUGGGAACGUUUAAAUAACCUUUAUUAGUUUUGUUGCUAUGUAGCUUUAGCCUCCUCUUGGGUUUUAGCAAUUAUUUUUUUUACCAAGUUUUGCAUUUUGUAUUUUUUUUAUAUAGUAAAGAUCUGAAAACAAGUCUGCAUGCUUUUUUUUAUUCAGAUCUAGUCUUCUCUGAAAGAUCUAAUGUUAAGUUUUAUUGUCCAGACUUCCUGGAGCUUUGAUAUUGCGUGCCUCACUGUUCCUUUGAAGUAAAUCGUCGCUACCAGGCAAAGACUUGAGCUGUAAUCCAGUAAAGCAUUGGAAAGCCUCUGACACUUGAUGACUUUUACUGAAGGAACAGUAUUUCUUCCUAUCGUUUGAGCACAAUGCUUGACCAAAGAGAGUAUGUCUCACACACAAUUGGCCAAAUGGCUUCUGUGCUGUAAAGUUCUGCAAAUCAUUCCUGCCAUUAGAAGAUACCAGUGAGUUAUGAUACACUUUUCAAGCACUAUCGGUGACAACUUUUCGCUCCUAUCUAUAACACUAUGGAAGUCUUCUAAACUACAACCCACUCAAAAUUAUUGAAUCCAAGUUUUCAUUCAUUAUAUCUAUUUAUUUUGUUGCAAGUUUUUUUUUACUAAAUGGUAAACAGUCACUUUUUUUAUCAAUAAAAUGAAUGAUGUUUGACAAAAUGGAAAUGAGAGAUUAAAAAGCAGGUCCAAAUCUUCCAUCUAAAAUGCUUUGGUCUGUAAACGAGGCCAGCAACUAUAUACUACUUAAAUGAAAAUGAACUUCAAGUAAAAGAGUGAGCAUGAAGAUUUUCAGUUAUUCGAUUCACUUUGUAGUAGUGCUCAGUCCACAUACAUUAGGUACCAAAAGUCCCCAAUGAUAUUCACAUUUUUCUCUUCUAAUCUUAAUUUAGUAGGGCCAAUCUAUCCACUAUUCCCACAGAGGAAGAAUCGUACUACAAAUGUAGGGAAGCAUUAUAAGUGAAGUUUAACCAGAUCAGUUAUUUUCAUGGCUCAAUGACCUUUGGUGACUGAUCAUCAUAAGAUGUUGGGAAAACCACACAGUUAGAAUUACAGUUUGUCUGUUAUGGUGCACUUGACUCCAUAAAGGCAAAGUAUACUCAACUAGAUCUACCAAACUUAGUAGCAGCUUGCCUAGAACUAAGAUUUAGGAAACGCCAUAUGUGUGUUGGGAUACUGCUGAAGUUUAAUCAGCAAAAGCCAUGCACAGAAAAUUGCUAAUCUUCCCGCUGUGUGCCUGUCCCUGGCUCAGUUACUGGGUUGCCAAGGUUGUCGUUGAUGGUUGAUUUGAUUUCACUCUUUGAGUAACAUUUAAAUUCUGCAUGGGUUCAUCUUAGAACCAUCUUGAUUCCAAAGAGUUUUUGUUUAAUGUUUUAAUAGUUAUACAUCAGUAGUAUUAGAUAAAACUUCAACAAGUAUGAUUUACCUAUUUUAAACUCUGUAUUUAGCCAGAAUGGUCAAAGAAAGUUUAUUUUGUUUAUUUCACCUUUACCUUGUCAAUGCCUAUAUCGGACAAAUGUUGGAGAAAUCCACUCCAGGUUUUAUAGCCAGUUUUAGGAGACUUGCUCUUUUGCACAUAUUUUCAUGGACCAUUUUACGUCUGCGGUCAUAUUUUCCUUGUUUAAAAAUCAGACUUAUUAGAAAUUGGAAAUUGGUUAUAUACCAAAUGACCUCUGACUUCUUUCAUUUGGACAUCAGGACCUCGCCUUGGUUAGCUGCUUCUUUUUACUACUUUUAUCUUGCCUAUAGUUGAGUUGAACCGACCUAAAAUGAAUGAUAUUUUUGUCCUUAUUGGCAAUCUUGGGUAUAUUAAACAAAAACAUUUGGAUGGAAACAUUAAUAGGUCAAUUCUCUAGGAGAAACUAACUCUGAUUCUGAUGUGCAUCAAUUGGGAAUCAAUGGGAGAGUGGAAAGUGCUGACCAGUAAACUCUAGAGUAAGUCUCCAGUAAUCCAGCACCCCUGGAACUUUGGCAUCAGACAAGCAAAAUUUCCAGACUUUUGGAUGUUACUCCAAAUUAUACCCCAACACACUUUUAUUUUGCUGCUUUACAUGUUAAACACUAGUAUAGUAAAUUUUCCAGUGCAUCCGGUGCGUUUAAAGGGAGUGGGAAAUAUACCAGCACUGUGGACCCCGCUCCGCCCUCAAUCCUACCCUAGUUCCCGAUCCUGGCUCUGGCUGCGCACCUGGCUCACAUUCCAGACCCCAGCCCCACCAUACAUCCCACUUACACUCCAAACCAAUGAGUGAGCCAGGUGCUGAACCUUCAGGAUUUCAGCUGCUGAAUUAUCAGAGUCUUGCUGUAAUGCUUUUGAAAGAUACGAAUCCAGAUCAAGUUGGAGAGUACGUUCAGUGAAAUUACAAAUAUUUUUUUCCAAGCUCUGAUGGAAUGAUAUAUUCAUUCUUGGUAUUCUCUUCUAUUUAGCCUGACUGUCCUCUCUGACCUUGACUGGAGCUCUCCCAGACAGUUAAUCUUUGCUAUUGGGAGAAAAGUGAAACGUUAGCACUGUUUCUAUUUCUGAUAUGACUCUGCGCACCUCCCUCACACUCCUUGACAAGUUACAAGAAAAAUCUGAUAAUUUCACCCCGUUACAAGUUUGCUUAUUUUUAACUAUACUGCUGUGGUCCUUGCUGCUCUUAAUAUUUCUCUUUUUCCUCAAGGUAUUCAGAAAUGCCAUCUAAAAGGCGGCUCCCUCGCCUCACUGCCUCUUUCCCCCACACUAUAACCAUGCUGCAUUGAUCCCUUCGAGGGUCUCAUAUCUGCCGUGCUACUGACCUAAUCCACUACCUGGAAAGUUUGAAAGCACCCAACCUUUGUCUUUUUCCCCGUUUCCUCUUCCUUCUGACUUUAAUGUUGUGCUGUGGGCAAUGUGUCAAAUAGAAUCAAUAAAUCUGCACCUAUGUGGUUGCUCAUGUAUUACACGGUUUUUGAAUCGGACCUUGUGUUAAUUGACGAAGACUCCAUUCCAUUCGAAAUCCCCUCAUAAACUUGCAAACAAAAAAUCUGGAAUGCUCACCCGCUGAAACUGAUUCUGCAGAUUUUAAAAGUAAAGUUUUAAAGUAGAGAUUCUUCUGAGCGUAUUGGCAGUGUCGGAGUUGGGUAAAAGGCUCAGUCAGCUGCUUUUUCAGGACUGCUAAUGACUGAAGUCACAGUAUCUUGCAAUUUUUUUUAAAUGGGUUUUUAAAUUAUGAAAUUUAUACUGUACACAGCUGAAAGUAAAAUAUUUCUAGUACUUCGCUGCAAAGUGGAUUUAAGGAAAAAAAAUCCCAAAUCUAUUGAUGAACUGCGCAGAUCUUGAGAGGAGAAUGGAGCCCUCAGUGAGAUACCAUUGAAAGUUACGCCUUAAAUGUCUAGAAUUGUUUUCUGAAAUAGUGCUAUACUUUAAGCAGAGCCUCUCGUGAAUGAGCUUGAAAGAAGGUUCUUUAUUCUGGAACCAUCCAGUGCAUAAAACACCUGUGUUUGCUGUGCUAAACUCAUCUAAAUGCAUUUGUGUAGAUCUCCACUCUGGAUUUCUAGUUCUUUUUAGAUUAGUUCUGGAAACCCUUACAACUCAUUUUCAAUGUCAGAGCUCCAAGCCACCGAACUAACCUUACCCCCAAAUGCAUUAGUCAGGAAAUAAGUACGUCAGCAGUUUACUUCAGUAGUCAAAUAUAUAAAGCAAGAAUGUAAUAUGCACCAUAGAUUAUCAGCAGAUAAACAUGAUUGACCAUUAUUUUCUGUUUUUAUUUACAAUUUCCUUGCAUUUAGUCUUUGUAAUCCAUGAUACACACUGCUGCCAUUGACAUACACUACAGCCAUCCUGCUGAGUGCCAUUUUAACACAUUUGUUGGGAUGGAAGGAACAUAAUUUUCUGCACAAUGCCUACAACAUGUUCAAACGUUUCACAACGAUACAACCAGCUUAAAAAGCACAAAAUUUUUAAGCAACUGUUUUUCACAAGGAGAAUGUUCUGAGCAUAUAUUAAGUUAUCAGUCCCAGGAAGUACACUACACUAUAACCACUCAAUACUGAGAGGAUUAAAAUGGAACUGAUUGUUUGAUUUGGGCAGCUCACCAUUCCCUUUCUCGACUGUUGACAUGUUCUACAAAGCCCUAACUCCUUGACGUUUCAUUCAUACUUUCCAAGUGUCUCAAUGGAAGUACUUCUUGACAACUUUUAUUGUUCAUACACAGCAUGCAAGGAGCGCAAUUUGUUCAUUAACUGGUAAUCUGCACAUUCAAGUUGAUUAUGUGCUGCAACGCUGUACUAACUCAGUACAGAGAGUUUUAUCUCUAAACCCAAAACUAUAGUUCAACUUCAGUUAUAUGUAAAGAUGUUACCAGCUAUGAUCCUUAUCUAACAUCUAAUUGUAUUUAAACUGCAAUUCCUCAACCUAUUUCAAUGAAUGCAGGCAACAUAAUUCAAAUAAACCAAGGAACAGCGGUGUAAAUGUAUUAGGUCUAAAUUUACAAGUUAUUGAACAUGGGACCAAUGGGAUUUUCCUGCCUGUUGUGAUGGUUUAGAAUUUUCAGAGGAAAAGGUUGAACCAGUAUUGAAUUCCACAUUGCCUGACUGGCUGAACACGUAUAAUUUUAAUAUCCAUUUUUUUAUGCCUCUUGAUAUGAUGUAUGUGGAGUGCUAAUCAGAAUGCAUCAAGCAUUAUUCCUGCCUUUCUGGAGUAGAAAAGUUUAUAUUUUAUUCUAUACAGAAACAUUUUUUUUCAUUAAUAAUGACUGUCUUUAUACAUAUAAAUUGUAUGGUAUGCUUCUUUCCAUUGCAAAUAAAUAUUUUCCGUAGUAAAAUAA